CCACAUGAUAAUUGUUUUGUUGAUACUGUAGGUUAUAAUUUUCGAGGAUUUCGAAAUUUGUUCUUUUUUAUUUGUUGGUCUGUGGGUUACAGUUCACUUUUGUCGAUUAACGUAAUUGUUUUGAAUUGCACGUAGAAGACUACGGUAAGUGAACGGUAAGAACCGUGUCUAAUUAUUAUAUUAGUUUGUGUAAUUGUGUAAACCACAAUGGUUUGAAUUCAAAUGAAAUUUUCUUUUAUAAUUUUAUGCUACCGUCAAUAUUUAGAAGAAUUACCUUUUGUUAAUUAAAUAAAAGAUAACGUCUUAAAUAUAGCUAAGGUAAAUUUCUCUGGCUUACUUCGAUACGGGGUGGUAACUUUCACUUCACUUUCAUUACCACCGUACAACACCUGAGAAUUAAAUUGUAGUUUUCUGAAAAUCAUACCUACUAUUCGAAUGGAAAUAUUUCAGUUCAAUAACUAGGAAUUAAGAUUUUAACAGCCCUUUACAAAAUUUUCAUAGUUUCAUUUUGGAUCUAGUUUUAAUAGAAAUGUGUAGAUUCAAUUAGAUAUUACUUCAGGGUUAUUACUUACGUAGGGUACGUAGCGUGAACCGCACGCAGGUGAUGCCUGUAAGGACUUCGUAACAUAAUUCAGUACAGGUGAUGCCUGUCAAAACAUGAUGUGAGGUGACAUACGUGUUUUACCAGAUGAUGCCUGGUAGUCCGGAAACAGGUGAUGCCUGUAAGGACUUCGUAACAUAAUUCAGUACAGGUGAUGCCUGUCAAAACAUGAUGUGAGGUGACAUACGUGUUUUACCAGAUGAUGCCUGGUAGUCCGGAAACAGGUGAUGCCUGUAAGGACUUCGUAACAUAAUUCAGUACAGGUGAUGCCUGUCAAAACAUGAUGUGAGGUGACAUACGUGUUUUACCAGAUGAUGCCUGGUAGUCCGGAAACAGGUGAUGCCUGUAAGGACUUCGUAACAUAAUUCAGUACAGGUGAUGCCUGUCAAAACAUGAUGUGAGGUGACAUACGUGUUUUACCAGAUGAUGCCUGGUAGUCCGGAAACAGGUGAUGCCUGUAAGGACUUCGUAACAUAAUUCAGUACAGGUGAUGCCUGUAAGGACUUCGUUAUAUAAUUUAGUUCAGGUGAUGCCUGUAAUACAUGUGAUGCGACGUAGGUGUAUCAUGUGUGUGAAAGGUACUAUGUAGUGUUGUAUUCGGGUUACGCGCGUAACCCGAAGUUUGUAUAUGGGUAACGCCGUUUACUGAAGUUCAAAGACAACUCAUUAGAUAUUGUUAGUUUAAAUUAAAACUAUAGCGUUAGUUGAAUAAUGCAAGGAAUAAAUAAUGAAUGUGUCAGGUUAUUAAAAGCAUGAUGCUCAUUUGAUGACCAAAAUAUGACAUUCUUUAUUUAUUUAACUGUCCACAGAUUAAAAUACGAUGUCGAGCCUUACUUUGGAAAAAUUUGAAUGCGAUGGUGAAGCAGGAUCUGUUGGAGCUAGAUGGGAACGUUGGAAAAGAAGUUUAUAUAUUUACUUGGAAACGGCUGAUAUUAAUACUAGUUCAAAAAAACGCGCAAGUUUGUUGCAUUGGGGAGGGCAAGAACUUCAAGAAAUACUGUUUAAUUUACCGGGUGGUUACGUUCAGGCGAUAGAUGAUGGUGACAUAGAUGUGUUUGAAGUAGCAAUAAAGAAGUUAGAUGAAUAUUUUGCACCUAGACAAAAUAAACGGUAUGAGAGACACCUAUUCAGACAAAUAAAACAAGAUGAAAACGAGAAAUUUGAAAAAUAUUUAGUUCGACUAAGACAACAAGCUUUGAAAUGUCAAUUUACGGAUAUCGAUGACAGUUUGAUUGACCAGAUAAUUGAAAAGUGUUCAUCGGAAGAACUCAGGAAGAAAGUGCUCCGGGCAGGCGAGAAAAUUACCUUAAGUGAAGUAAUAAACGAAGCAAAUACUCUAGAGGUGGUAGAGCGUCAAUUAGGUGAUUUCAGCCAGAAAGGAAAAGACCAAACUAUUCAUAAAAUCGAUACACAAGCGACGGAAAAGACAUUCAUAAAUAAUAGAAAAAAGACGUGUUUCCGAUGUGGUAGCUGGAAUCAUCUGGCUUUCGAUGCGAAGUGCCCAGCAAAAGGGAAAAUAUGUAUUAAAUGUAAAAAGGUGGGGCAUUAUCAAUCUCAGUGUAGAGGAACAGGCUUAAAACGAAGCAAUAAAGAUACCAAAGCGGAAAUGAACGUAGACGCGAAAAGAUCAAAGAAGUCGAGCCAAAGAGUUAAAAAUACAGACCAAGCGAACGCGAUAGAAAACAAAAUUGAUUAUGUUUUUAAUGUUCUCCCUAAUGAUACAAUCACCUGCUUAGUAGGUGGAACUCAAGUAGAGAUGCUUAUUGAUUCAGGAUGUCAAUAUAAUUUAAUAACAGACAAGACAUGGUUUGAAAUUAAAGAAAAAAUUUUGUAG